CCAAAUGCAUAUAUCUAGUCCAAUUUGACAGCGUGUUAUGUUCUUUAGGAGAAAUUUGAUAGAUGAUAGAUGAAGCAAGUAUGUUUUCAAGCAUCAAAGAGACUUCCUGUCCAGUGGGAUAACGGUUAGGUCUCAACUCCAUGUGCUGCCCACCCAGGUCAUUCAGGGAUAAGGAUUUGGCUUGUCAGCGUGCCUGCUUCCAGGGGGCAGAAAACUUAAAUAUUCCAUUCAGACAGAGUGAAGGUCUUGCUGUCUCACACUUCAACCCUGCUUGUCACUCCAGCGUUAAAUAUGAACCAAAUUUUCCAUUUUAACGUCUCCAAGCCAAUCCAAAUGGUGCGAGAGGUGUAGCAGUUUGGCAAGUCCAAAUGCCAUUACGGUUUACAAGAUGAAUUUCUGGUUCUGUGAAGAGGAGGACACCUUUCAGAGGGUGAUGUGUGUGGUGUACUCCGCAGUAAGCAAACUUGAGGCCAUCUAAGUUAUCAUUGUAAGUAGGGUUAUGUAGAGGAUCUUGAUUUCUGAAGCUGUAGGAGGGACAACCCCAACACAUACAUGCAUCUCAUCGAAAUUCAUAUGCUUUCCAACUACCAUCUUUCAGGUGGAACUCCUGGACCAGUAUUACUGUUAAUGACUCUGGCACUGAAAAAUGUCGGAGACGUCUUGUUUGAGGGGAAUUUAGGUAUUCUAGAGGCUUUGUGAUGGGUUUAUCUAGCAACCACAUCCAUUGGAUAUUAGAUAAGUCUCCUGGACUGUUUCCCAAAGUGUUGGGAAGUUGAGCGCAGUAUGAAAGAGUUACAUAGUUGAGUUACUUCAUAAUAAUUGAGAUGCUUGAAAGGGUGAAAAAAGGGGUUGAAGGGAAAGCUGUGAUGAGACAGGACAGCUUGAUUGUCCAGGAUGACUUGCAAAACUCAAUUCUGUGUUGUGGGUGAAAUGUAGCAGCGAAUGGAAGAUGCUGAUGUCCCUCCCAUCAAGCUAAGGUAGAGAUAGAUCAUCACUGAUUCUGUACUCAAAGAAAUAGGUUUUGUUCAGUUUCAGGGUGAAACUCAUUAUGCCAGGCCGAAGAUAGGUCUCAGAAUAACUCUCUUUAGGAGAAAAUCUGCAUUUCACACAGUAAGGUUCAUUAUGCUGUCCCUCCUUCCACAUAUCAAGGUGGCCAGAAACGCAACAUAGGGGGAAUCUACACUCUGAUCUCUUGCUGGAUCCGGAGUUGUAUUCAGUGAAGCAACAAGAAAUCUCAUCCCUUGUCUAAAGGACUGGUGGAGGGUUGUACACAAUCCCUGAUCCGUUGGUUCCAGACUCUUAGAAAUCCCUGAAUCAGCUCCACAUGAGGCUUGGGGGAUUAGUGUCAACACUCGCCCAGGCUCACAAGGUAUUCACAGAUGGUAGCAGAGGGCCAAUCUGGCAAAAUGGUGUCUGUUGGAGAUAUCCAAAUAAUUUAUCCACUUGUUCUGAGGCUUCUGCUCUCCCCUGAACUGCAGGGUGGGACAUUCUCCAUCGUGCAGCCCCCUCCACAGGUUUUUGUUCAGGAUCUCCCUGCAACUGAAGGUCCCUUUACACACAGCUCAGGCACUGGGCUCCAAUUCCAUUUCCUGCAAAAGCUGUCUGCAUCCCCCCUUGCAUUUGCACCCCAAGAGACAGAGGAUGCCUGAGUGUGUUGCUUGGACAGCAGCAGAGAGCUAAGCACCAUCACCUGGCUCACUCACACCUUCUCCCAAAAAGGAACGGGGAGAAAAGAGUAUGAUGAAAAAAUUUUUAAAAAAGACAGCCAUGGGAGGUGCUGGGGGGGAGAGGCUGCUUGAGGCUUGCUGGGCAUUGGUCUGCCAGUGGAUGGCAAGAAACUGCAUUGUGUAUAUUUAUGGAUACACGCUUCUUUUAUGUAAUUGUAAUUUUGCUUCUGCUUUCUGUCCCGUUUUGGCCAGUAGGUAUUAUUUCAACCCACAAGUUCUGUUCUGCUCCCCAGUUCUCUUCCUCAUCCCACGCUGGGGGCAGCGAUCAAAGUGUGGUGCUGAGCUGCUGCUGGUCUCACCUGCCACAGCUGGGGAGGGCUGGGUUGGAUGAGGACUGCUGCAUUCCCUCCUACUGCUCCUCUUGUCCCCACAGGCUGCCUGCCUUUCGCCUGCAACUGUCCUAGCCUGCAGGAGAGCAGCAAAUGGCCACAGCACAUCCAUCCCAGGCCACAGGUGGUUGCAGCAAGGAGCCUCUGUGCUUGCAGGAGCCCGUGAGCUUUGCGGAUGUGGCCGUGUAUUUCAGCAGGGAGGAGUGGGCGCUGCUGGACCCUGCGCAGCGAGCGCUGUACUGGGACGUGAUGCUGGAGACGUAUGAGUGCAUAGCCUCGCUGGCAUCUAAACCUGUGGUGAUCUCCCUGCUUGAAGGAGGGGAAGAUCCCUGGAUCCCAGAUGUUCACGGCCUGAAGGACAUGGCAGGAGACACCUGCCCAGCAGGUGAUGGGAUCGCAGAUUUAAAGGAGAAUCUGCAGGAGAGUGGUGUAUCCGGAAGUCCGUGGGGUGAUCCCUCUCUUGGAAAAGCCAGAAGGGAAUUCCAAGGAGGCCCGGAGCAAGGGAAGCACUUGAAGAAGCCUCUGGGAAACCAUCCAGAAAAGAGAGUGAGGGAAACCCUGGACUGCGACAAAGGUAAAAAGCAGCCAAAAGAGCUGAGCAGCAAGGAAGCCUUCCAGAAGAACGGGCAGAACCCAGGCAAUGGGUGUGGGAAAGGCUUUGAGGAUCUUUCCCACCUUGCUGUCCAUCAGCGCAUCCACACGGGAGACAAACCCUUCAAGUGUCCCAAGUGUGAGAAGAGCUUCAGGAGCAGUUCUCAGCUCGAUUACCAUCAGCGCAUCCACUCGGAAGACAGACCCUACAAGUGCCCUGAGUGUGAGAAGGGCUUCAGAAGCAGUUCCAACCUCCUGAUCCACGAGCGCAUCCACACUGGAGAGAGGCCGUUCAAAUGCUCUGAAUGUUCAAAGGGCUUCAAAAGAAGAUCCCACCUUGUGAUCCAUCAGCGCGUUCACACAGGAGAGAGACCCUACAAGUGCCCGGAGUGUGGGAAGGGCUACAAAACCAGUUCUCACCUCAUGACCCAUCAGCGCAUCCACACGGGAGACAGACCCUACCAAUGUCCCAUUUGUGGAAAGGGCUACAAAAGCAGUUUUGAGUUUAAAUGCCACCAGCGUAUCCACACCGGAGAAAGACCUUACAAGUGUUCUGAGUGUGCAAAAGAUUAUAAAACCAGUUACCAACUCAUGAUCCACCAGCGUAUCCACACCGGAGAAAGACCUUACAAGUGCCCUGAGUGUGCAAAGGGCUUCAAAAGCAAAUCUCAACUCAUGGUCCACCAACGCAUUCACACAGGAGAAAAACGCUACAAGUGUCCCGAGUGUGCAAAAGCCUUCAGAAGCAGUUCCCAAGUCAUGAUUCACCAGCGUACCCACAGAGCACAGAGCCCUUACAAAGGCUGUGAGUGUGAGGAGAGCUUCAGGAGCAAUUCUGACCUCACCUCCCACCUACACAUCCCCACGGGAGGCAAACACUACAAGUGUCCUGAGCGUGCAAAAGACCGUGCUUGACGGUUUUCUUUUGUAUCCCCGUUCUCAGCGGUGUCCCUCAGCCCACGUCCCUCCUUUUGACAGUGAACACAUUCAGUGUGCAGCCCUGAGGAGAGGUCCAGGCAGGGAUUACAGAGGCCAGCGAUGCCUCAGUGUGCAGCAGUGAUGCUCUGAGAGGAUUUUGUAUUAGAAGGGUCCUCUGGAGAACCGUCGUCUGCCCUGAACAGGGACAACCUGACACUGAGAUCAGGUCGAUCAGCAGUUUCUCCUGACCCAGCACUGACACCCGCUCGUGGUGAUGAUUUUCCCCUUAAAACAAUUGGAAAUUUCCCUUUGUGCCCUUUCAGUUUCUGGUCCUCACUUUUGUCUUUUUCUCCCCUCCCUGCACCCAGCCCAUAUGGCCACACCUCCUCUGUUCUUUGUUCUUGAUCUGGCUGGAAUGGAGUUAAUAGGAUGCCUGCCAGGCUCAGCGCUCAGCCUACCCAGGGGACUGUGGGGAGAAGUGCGUGGGUAAGGAGCCCCCCAGGCUGAGCUGGAGCCUUCUGCUGCCAAAGGCUGCUGCAUGGGUUAGGGAAUUCUCUACUACACAGGACCCCAGUGUACUUUUGGUGGGGCUUUGCACGAUGAGAGUCAUACGCAGGGGUUACCUGCUUCAAGUCUGACUUUCCUGAGUCUCUCCUUUCUGUUUUCUUUGCCUCAGAAGGAACGAAAAGAGAGGCUGUAACUUCCAAGAAAAUACUGAGAGUCCUAAGCCUUGUGCUCCCCCAGCAAGUUCCUUUCUGCCCCUCUGCCAAAAGAAAGCACUAUCAUUGCAUGUCCAGUGUCACCAGAGCCUGUGAUGUGGCCCUUAGCACCUGCCCACAUUGAAACAGCCCUGGGCAGUGCCAAGAGGGGUCUGCAAGGCAGAGCUGAGCCUACAGCAGCUGUGAGUCUACAGCAGGGAGGGCUUGUGGGGACAGAGAUAUGACAGGGACAUCUGCAGGCAGCAGAGACAUAAUCAGGGAGAGGGAGCUACCCCUGGAAGUGCUGUGGGGCUGGGGAUAUGGGCACCUCCAUGCCAUAGCUGCAGUGCGUAUCUUUCCCCCAUAGCAGCCCCGUGGUCUGCCGUCCAUCUUCAGCAUAGAUCUCCAUCCUUAAUAGCUUUGGAAUCUUACAGUGUGCCUUCGAAUUCAUCAGCUCUGGGGGUCAGCAUUCAGCUGCAGUUCAGACACUGAUGUUGCAGAUUCCGUCAUGCAGAUACAUCAGUGGAGGAGAAGAAUCCUAUGACCUUACGGUUUGGGCUCUGUUCAGUGCUGUGUUUGGGGUGGGGAAUCAGCUGAUCCAUCUCAGGACAGCACGUUUUUAGGGCAUUUGAGACUCUCCCUGGUGUGCUGUACCGUGCUGUAAGCUGCCCUGCACAAGGACACAGCUCUGCUGUAAAACCUCUGCCGUGUAGCAUCCUGGUGGAGAAGACAUCUAAGUGCUAACGAGAUGGAAAUGCUGCUGGAUAGCUGCACGUGGGCAGCUGCUGUGACACUUCUGUAUGCCUGGCAAGAAAGGGGGUGCUGAGAUCUUCUUCAGGUACAUGAAAAUUUAGAGUUCUGCACCUUGAACCUGGAUUCCUGUGCUCUCAUUAGCAUCCAGAGUCAUGCAGGGGGACAUCUGAGUUCACAUGUCCUCAGAGCUUGCACGCGCAGGGCAGAUGAGACCAAGACUGAUGGAUACACCAGCUGUCCUCUCUGCUGUAUGUCACUCCCUUUGUCUCUCAGCACCUGUAUUUAUUUUGUUUUUUAUUUUGCUUGGUGGGCACUACAGAUUUCACAGAUUUCUGCUUUAAAAACAUUUCUCAGUUGCGGUGGAGCAAGUAGAAAUACAUAAAAUCAUAUCCACAAAGCAGUGCUCUUCGGUCAGGUGAGUUGGGAGUAACCAUGCUGAGGAGCAUGAGUUUUAUUGUGAGUGAAUUGAAUCCGAGUUCGCACUGAAAUUCUGUUUACCUGUUGACACGGUGCAGUAGGAGUCCUUCAGAGUCCCCACCAGAUCCUUAUUGCACCCUCAGUUUGCAGCAACGGGAGCUCAGGCAAAGGUCUUGCAAAGGUCUCCAUGAAAAGGGGGUAGGUUUUUUUUCAGGGAAGCACACCCUCACAAAAAAAACCCUGAUUUUCCUUCUACUCAGUGGUGCCUCUAGCAGUGAAGCCCCUCGUAGACAGCAUGAAGGUGCUCUUCAGAAGGUGAUUUUACAGAUGUUUCUUAAUAGAGAUAAAUUUAUCCUCUCCCUCCACAAGCGAUUUUGUGCUUAUCCCCUGGCAGACCUCAUCCUUAUUUCAUCAUCUUUAUUACAAUCGUUAUUGCCUACCUUUAUUGCCAUUAGCAUAUACUACGUUAUUAGAGAGAUGCUUGCAUUCAUUCUGCUUCUGCUGAGGAAUGAAGCUACUCUGCUGACUCCUGAGGCUGUGACAAACUCUACGUCGGUGCUCUUAUCAUCUGCUUUAUUAAAUCGGAUCUCCACGACUCACUGCUGCCUGAAGACUUGGCUCUCCGUUCAGGGCUGGUACCAAGAGCAGGGCUGAGCUGCUGCACCACAGAAAGUUUGUUGCUCCAUGGAUUUGGAAGAGAAAAAGCUCGUCACAGUACCCUGUGCUGCGAGACACUAAAGGUAGGAUUUAGGAGUAAUCUGUUGCCGUCCAAUAAUGGCAGAGAUGGUGAACGGUCGCUGAGGUUCAUCCUCGUGGCAGUCCCACCUGUGGCAGGACAGGACAUCCUCCAGGGAAGGAAUAUGGAGUUGUCUGGAGCUUCCAGGAGUUCUCCACGGGCAUUGUCUGCCAAGGAUGGGCAGUGACUGGAAGCCCACAAAGUGAGAGAUCGGUCCAGGUGGUUUUACAGUGACAGUGCCACAUUAAGGUAUCCACAGGGAAAGAAGGGCUCUCAUUCCUUUGGGAUUCAGUGGAAUGGAGAGAGAUUACUGUCAUUCCCAGGGAAGGAGACCUUCAGCUGCAGUCAGAAAUAUGCCUGGAAACUUGCAUUAUCCCUAGAGAGAUUCCCUAGCCUUUUAAAGCACUUGUAACGACCGUCGAACCCUCUGAAGGAGAUUAGUAUUUGUGGUUGCAACCCAGCUGGAUAUACUUCUCAUGCCUUGUGGCACAGCUAGCGUGGAGUAACCUCAUGAUCACAGCUGCCUGCAGGAGCGUUGAUUUCAUUUAGCUGAGUAUGAACUUGGGCUGUCCAGGAAGGCAAGGUUUCAGUGGGUCUAUCUUGGAUCUUCAGGUCCAAGGAACUUGCCUGUCUGAUGUGAAGGGACUCCAGCAUGGCCUGGCAGGAAGUCGUCAUGGAUGAACAAGGACCCCUGAAUGGUCCUCAAACAGCAGAAGGAAGCGCAGAGAGUGCAGAAGGGGAAGAGACUGCCCUGGAAACAGAUGGAGACUUAGGCUGUUGGUGCAGGAAUGGAGCCACUAAAGCCAAAGCUGAGCUGGGGAUGGAACUAUCCAGAGAUGGGGAGGGCAGCCAGAGGGACUUGUUGAAGUACUUUGUCAGCACAAGGAAGACAACAAAGGGGAAAAAAAAAAAAAAAAAAGUCCCAAUACAAAGACAGUAGAAAUAGAGAAACUCCUGAGAUGAGUUCCCCCAGUGAGAGUGCAGGUGGGAAAGGUGCUUUGUGAAGUGACUGGACAUACAUUUACCUAUACGUAUAUGUAUCUACAUAUAUAUAUAUGCUCAUAUGGAAAGGUAAAGAAGGUGUGAUGAUACAAGGGAAAAUUCGGCUGUCCAGAAAUAGAGCAUUUCAUGGAAGCUUUUCUCUCUGAUUUUCCUUAUUAAGAUGUCAGUAUCUCAUAGCGUGAUUCUUUGUGCCAAAAGGGCUAAGUUUUGGGACCAAUUUUCUUUAAUGUUUUUAUCAGUGGUGUGGAUGAGAGUAAUGAGUGCACCCUCUUACUAAGUUUGCAGACAAUACCAAGUCAGGUGGACCUAUUGAUCUGCCCGAAGGUAAGGAAGGCAGAGGGAUCUGGAUAGGUUGGAUCAAUUGGCCAAGUCCAGUCAUAUGACAUUCAACAAGAGUAAGUGCAGCUGGUUGCUGCACUUGGACAAAAACAACCUCAUGAAGUUGUAAGGGCUUGGGGAAGAGUGGCUGGAAAGGUGCCUGACAGGAAAGGACCUGGGGGUGUCAGGUGCCCAGGCAGUCAAAAUGAACAACUUCCUGGCCUGCAUCAGAAAUUCACAUACAGGAGUUGCCAGGGAAAGGUUGUUUGAGGUUUUUUAUGGAGAAAAAGGAACUGAGAGGAGAUCUCAUUGUUCUGUACAACUACCUGAAAGAAGAUUAUAUUGAGGAGGGUGUCCACCUCUUUUCUCAGGUAACAAGUGGUAGGAAACAGGUAAUUGGAGCCUAUAGAAGUGGCACUGGGUGGCUCUGGUAGGACAGUGGUGCUCUGCCUGAAAACACUGAGAUUAUGAGCACCUCUUCAUCAAUUGAAAUAACAAAAUACUAUUAACAGAAUGUCCGUGAUUUGCCAUAUCAAGAGUUCUUCAGAGUGUGUAUUAAUAGCAGAUUCAUCUUCUCCUGUACUUGCAUUGCCCUGUGUUUGUUUUGCUGUGUAUUUAAUCUUCCUGAUCCUUCAUGUAUUUCUACAUGACCUUACUAAACUGACAAUGUCUAAGACUAUUUACCCAGCAGUUGGUUUGGCUUUCUGUGUCAGGACCCCCAUGGUGUACUUAGAGCUGAGUCCGUGAACCUCAUUCCAUGUCUUGGCAUGUAUAUGUAAGUUCCUUUAAAAGUAAUGCCUCGUAAUUCCAGGGAAACUACAACAGAUACAAAGAGCACAAUAAUAGAGCUUUUUAAUGGAGCAAAUUCUCUGCUACAAACCACCACCAUUAGCAACGCAUUCUUUUCCCAGCAAUGAACAAUGCCUGCAUUCCACGCUCAUAAAAAUCUGCACCAGCAGAGGUGACCCACUACCUCCACUGAUGAGAGGCACCACCCACAGCUUCGUUGCCUUCACAUCCACUGUUUGUUCUCCAUAAGCAUCCAGCAAGCAUCACUGAAUGCCAGUGGGCACCAUUUUUUCCACAUGGAGUAGAUUUUAUUCCAUGGUCCCUGCUGUUAUCUAGCGUCCUUUAUCAGUACUAAUAGUUUAUUCCAGGGGUCUUUUUACUUCAUCGGGGUCUCUGACAGUCUUCAUCACUUGUCCUUUUCUUCAUCACUUGUCCUUUAGAUGACUUUUCACAUUGGCACGUGCUCAGUAGCUAGAUAAUUUAUGGGUACAAAGACUGCAGCUCUUGUCUGUCCAGCCAUCUGCAACACCUCUGAGCCUUGACUUAAAGACAAGCUUGACAUCCCGCUUCUAAGCAGUGUGACAAGGAUAUCAAAAGGUUCAUUAUGUUGAAAGACUACUAGGUUUUGGUGCUGGACAGACGAGAUCUGAGUGAUAGGAAACUUAAGGAGGAGAAAUUAAGCAAUUGGCAAUAUGUUUAGAUAGCAAUGAUUUAUGUUUAGCAGGUAUCCAUGUUUAGUUAAAUGUCAGGAAGAUUUGUGAACCUGAAGUACUCAGCCAAUGAGGAACCAGAGGAGGAAGAGAUAAGCAUCAGGUAGUAGGGCAUAAAGGAUAUGAUGCUGUUUUCUGCGUACGCUUCUGCUUGCUUUAUCAGAGAUACCAUCUGAUACAUUAUUUGGAUAUUUCCAACACUUCUGUGCAGGCUGAAUCGCGUGUUCUCUUUUAUCUCCCAGCAUCCAUCAUGGCCCUGUACUCUCCAUCACCUCCUCAUAGGUUCUGUCAGGCUGCAAUGACAUCCCCUUCAGCUUUCCCUUCUCCAGGUGGACAAGUCCAUCUCCCUCAGCCUCUCCUCAGGACAGGUGAAGAGCUCCAGCCCUGACUAUCUUCAGUGAUCCUUCUCAAACCCUCUCUGUCUUGAUGACAUCGUUCCCGUGUUGGGGGUAUGAAAUCUGAAGGCAGCAUUCCAGAUAAUGCCUUCCCUCCAUCUUCUGGCCACAGUCUUCACUCAUGGGUUGAGACAAGGAUAUGGAGAUCUUCAUAAUUACUGUCACAAGUAAGACAGGCACAAUUUGGGGAAGAUUAAUGUAAUUACUGCCAAUUAAUAACCAUGCAGACCAGUGAGGCACAUUGCUGGCCUCCCCACACUGGCAGCCUCCUUUCCAGAUUAUUGCCCAUCAAGACCUUCUCCACAGGGCAGUACUCAGCCUGGCAGCCCCAGCCUAUGCCACGGUCAGAGAUAGAGCCCUGCUAUAGAAAACAUUUGCAUUUGUCCUCAUGGCCUUUCAUGAAAUGCCUGUCAGUGCAUUCUGUCAUCUUCCUUAAACCCUCUUCCCAAGCAGAGAGGCCUGGAGUCCUUUUCAGUAAAAACUCAGGCAGCAAAAACAUUUAGUCCUUCAGCUCAAUCUGAACCUGCUGUCAUUAAACCAGAUUCUCCACUCAGCAUCAGCACAGCGUGUCUUUAAGUCAGCCCUGGUCUCCAAUGUAGCAACCAAAACUCUUACUUUUUCUCUUGACUUUCUUGCAAAGACCAGCUGCAAAGUAAGAUUUGCCUCUGCUAAAACCAUGCAUCCACCACAAAGACAACUGAAAUAAAUUUAAUUUUUAGAGCCUGUCCUUGCUGACACCUCCUGGCAACCGCUUUGUGUCUGUCAGCACCCUGUGCCUACAAGAGCCUAGCUCCCCUGCUGCCCACAUGGCACCACAGCCAUGCUGUGAAAGCACCACACAUGGCAGCACACAUUCAGUGGCAGGACGUGUUCUCCCAUUACAAGAAUGAUGACAUCCUCAGUGUCUGCAUCCCAUUAUCUUUAUUGACAACCUGGAAAAGGGGAUUGAGUGUUCCCUCAGAAAGUUUGCAGAUGAAACCAAGUUGGGAAGGAGUAUUGAUCUGCCUGAAGGUAGAAAGGCCCUACAGAGGGAUCUGGGCAGGCUAGAUCAGUAGACUGAGUCUAACUUUAACAAGACCAAGUGUUGAGUCCUGCACUUUGGUCACAACAAUCCAUGCGUCAUUACAGGCUUGGGGCAGAGGAAAGCUGCAGGGAGGAAAAGGAUCUGGAAAUGUUAACUGACAGCUGACUGAAUAUGAGCCAGUAAUGUGCCAAGUGCCCAAGAAGGCCAGUAGCAUCCUGGCUUCUAUCAGAAAUAGCGUAGUCAGCAGGACCAGGGGGAUGUUGGUCCCCCUGUACUCAGCCACACCUUGAGCAUUAUGUGCAGUUUUGAGUCCCUCGCUACAAGAAAGACAUCGAGGCCCUGGAGCGUAUCCAGAGAAGUGCAACAGAGACGUAAAGGGUCUGGAACAGAAAUUUUACAGGGAGCAGCUGAGGGAAUUGGGUUGUUUAAUCUGGGGUUGUUUAAUCUGAGGCUCGGGGGGAUGGUAUCAGUCUGCUCAACUGCCUGAAAGGAGGUGGGAGUCGCCUAUUUCCUCAGGUAACAGCGAAGAGUUGGAAGUCACGGCUUUAAGUUGUGCCAGGGGAGGUUCAUGUUGGGGAUUAGGAAAAAAAAAUCUCAGAGUGGUGAGGCGUUGGAACAGGCUGCCUAGGGCAGUGGUGGGGUCACCAUUCCAGGAGGGAUGUGCAGAUGUGACACUUAGCAGCAUGGCUUAGGAAGCAUGGCGGUGGUUGGACUAGAUCUUGGUUAUCUUUUCCAACCUUAAUGAUUCCACGAUUAUAACACCCAAAGAGCCCAGCUGUAAGCGCGGGGGGAUGGGGAAGAUGCCUUCCGGCAAACGCGCGGAUGUUUUGACCCCGCGGAGCCGCCGUAGUCAGUUGCGGUGUGCAUGCACGGAAACUUCCGGCCGCUCUCUGAUGUCUUUUGUCCCCGCGGAGCCACCGUAGUCGGUUGCGGUGUGCAUGCACGGAAACUUCCGGCCGCGCUCUCAUGCCUUUUGUCCCCGCGGAGCCAUCGUGGUCAGUGCGCAUGCGCAGAAACUUCCGGCCGUUCUCUGAUGCUUUUUGUCCCCGCAGAGCCACCGUGGUCGGUCGCGGUGCGCAUGCGCAGAGUCGCCAUGGAGUCGGAGGGGCCUUCUGAGCCGGGUUUCGUGGGGAUCCGCUUCUGCCAGGAGUGCAACAACAUGCUGUAC